AAUAUGGCGAAGACCUACGAUUACCUGUUCAAGCUGCUGCUGAUCGGGGACUCGGGGGUGGGGAAGACCUGUGUCCUGUUCCGCUUCUCCGAGGACGCCUUCAACUCCACCUUCAUCUCCACCAUAGGAAUUGACUUUAAAAUCAGAACUAUAGAGCUUGAUGGCAAGAGAAUCAAACUGCAGAUAUGGGACACAGCUGGCCAGGAGCGGUUCCGGACGAUCACCACGGCCUACUACCGGGGCGCAAUGGGCAUCAUGCUGGUCUACGACAUCACGAACGAGAAGUCUUUUGACAAUAUCCGGAACUGGAUCCGGAACAUUGAGGAGCAUGCCUCUGCUGACGUCGAAAAGAUGAUCCUUGGGAACAAGUGCGAUGUGAACGACAAGAGACAGGUGUCCAAGGAACGAGGAGAGAAGCUGGCCCUGGACUACGGGAUCAAGUUCAUGGAGACCAGCGCCAAGGCCAACAUCAACGUGGAGAAUGCCUUCUUCACACUUGCCAGAGACAUCAAAGCAAAAAUGGACAAAAAAUUGGAAGGUAACAGCCCCCAGGGGAGCAACCAGGGAGUCAAGAUCACGACUGACCAACAGAAGAGGAGCAGCUUCUUCCGAUGUGUCCUUCUGUGAGGCACGCCGCCUUACUUGAGCCGUGCUCAGCCCAGCUGACUGUGCCUGUUCUGAGUGAGCCCCUCGCUCGGCCGGGGCUUUCCCCCUCCCACGCCUGCCCACGCCGAGGCCAUGGGCCCGCCGCCCCCAGAACGAAAUCGAGAAAUUGUUUAUUUUAGUAACUGCCUGGUUUCUCUCAGCUCUGGAGAUGGAGUAAGUUAAGAAUUUGCUGUUUUUCCUAUGAUGUUCUCAGAACAGGCCUGUGCACCGUGUCACUGGGAAGGACAGUGCCACGGCAUGACCAAUAUCGGCAGCAGCCCCCGUGGUGGGCCCCCACUUUCAGCUCUCCAUCCUCGGUCCUGCUGCAACACAGCUGGAGGCCCCCCGGCCAGCAAGGGCCCUGGCGUGGACUCCAGAUGCCUUACACCUCUGCCCUGAGCGCUCCAGGCCCGGGACACGGCCACCCAGCAACUCCGGCUCCUGCUCGCCUCUGCUCUCGGUUCUGGAUAAGUGACAAACCCUCCCCACCACCUCCCCCGUCUUUUUUACUGUCAAACCAAAGGGAAGCACAAAUUAAGGAAAGCCCAUGCAAGGCAUCUAGGAGGGAAGAAGCUUGGGUGGGUCUUCUGCCUGUGGCCUUGACAAAACUCACAGGUACUGCCAUUGUCCCUGCUGAGGAGAUGGUCUCACUGGUUUCCGCAAGCCACAGUGACCCUGAAAACGCAGCAGCGCCCUCCCACACACACCCCCGUGCCAGGACACUGCCUGUCGACACCAAAACGGCCCUGUUUCCUCUUCAUCCUCCGCUGUCUCCAAAUCGGACAGUCUUCCUCACCGAGAUUUGUACUCCUCCAGAUUCACCAUUCCAUGAAGUGAUUCAGUCUUCGAUCCCAGUGGCCAAGUCAGGGGACUGGGUACACCAGCUACUCAGGCCGGGCAGGGCACAGAACGGUUGCACCGUCCAGGCGGAGACACACACAUUCCACAUGGCCAGGCCGCUGCAGAGCUGCCUGGCGGCUCUGAGUGGCCCUCGCCAGGUUCUUUGUCACCAGCUCCCUAGAGACUGCGUGACCUGGACAAGGUGGCCAGUUGGGUGUCGCCAAGGCACCUUUCCUCAGUUCCGUCUCUUUUUCUUCCCCCUCCUCCCAAGCUGCUGUCAGUCCAAGCCAUUGGCAUCGUAGUUCCUUCGUUUAUGAAUUAAAAGCAACGAACCAGCAAUAGUCUGCUCCCUGGAAUCGCUAACAUGCUCUGUUUACAUCCAUAAAUGCACUUAAGGAAAACAAACCAACAAAUUAAAGCUCAUUUUAAAGUUAAUGACUCUUCCCAUCCACUCUUUGCCU